AUGGGGCCCCCAGGCAAUAGGGGAUCAUGGGGCCCCUGUGUCCUUGCCCAAACUCUUAAAAAGCCUAUGAAAAAGGUACCAGGGGCAUCUUAUGGGGCCCCCUACUGACCCCGGGCCCUCAGGCAGUCUGCCCCUGUGACACUGUAUAAAUGACACUGGCUGGAAAGGGGUUAACUGACAACUCAUGGGGCCCCCGGGCAAUAGGGGAUCAUGGGGCCCCUGUGUCCUUGCCCGAACUCAAAAAAACAUAUGAAAAAAGUACCAGGGGCAUCUCAUGGGGCCCCCUACUGACCCCGGGCCCUCAGGCAGUGCCUGAGUUUCCUAAUGGUCAGUCCGCCCCU